GGUUUUGCGUGCGCCCUCGCCUCCUACGUCGACAAUCUCGUGGCCUUCGGGCCCUCCCCAGAGGCUGCAACCUCUAUCCGCAUCGAUUGCGGAGUGCACUUGAAGCAUUGUUGGUCUCUGGAAUUUUGCCAGGACUCCAUGGAAUACAUGACGUGCAGGGGCUACCCAAGCAACGCCACACCCAGCGGCGAGUGGCACCAGCGGACGGCGUUCAAGUGCUUCGGUCACCAUCCUGACGACGACGGAGGCAUCGCGACCUGCCUGAGUUUCACGAUCCGUAGCAUGUGGAGAGCUUUCUGGGGAAACAUGUCCAAGGGGCUCCAGACAGCACCCAUCUGGACGAAGCUGCGGUUCAUGCAGACCUUCAUCAAGCCUAUUCUAUUGCGUCAUUCCGCUG